AUGAGUCAUCCCGGUGUCGGUGUUGCUGCUCCUCGUUUCGUACACAGUUGCAGCAUUGAAAAUAAGUCAUCUAACAAUGUUACUGUUCAAAUUGUGUAUCAAAAUGUAGCACGUGAAGGAGGACUCGUUGAAAGCGUAACAUCAAAUUUUGAUAUACCUGCAAGUGGAAACUAUCAAGUUGCAGAACGUGUUCAGGAUCACGGUUCAUUUCAAACCCGCAAUACAAUAGAAAGCAUCGAAAUUACUCGAGCCGAUGGUCAGACACAGAAACUAACAGCACCCUUCGAUGGUGUCAUUGGUCCUGCACUCGAUUGGCUUUUCGUCAUUGACGAAAACCAAAUUCAUUCUGUCAAAAAGAACGACUAG